AUGGAAGCGAGUACAGAGGUAGUUGAAGAUUCCCAAAUGGACGUAGAUCAAUGCGAAGAAGAUAAAGCUAAGGAGGAGGAAGAUCCAUUUCUCAAUUUCGUCGAUCUAGCAAGAUCGGAGCUAUUGUCGCUCGAAGAUGAUUCAAACCGAGAUGAUUUUGAUACAUCUGGAUAUGGCUGGAGCUGGAUCGUUUCUCACAUUCUCAAAACUUGCAUUGCUUAUUCAAGCGGUGUCACUCCCGCGAUUUUGCUCUCUGAACUCUCUCAGGCAUGGAGUGAGCAUCGCAGGAUUGUUGUACCGAAGAAGAGACUGGAAUUAAUUAACCAUCUCAAGAAAAAUAAUAGAAGGACGAAGCUUCCUAACACUGUUACGAUUGACUCUAUUUAUGCGAAAAAAUUCAUUGCUUUGAACAGUGUUUUGGAAGCUGUUAUUAUCGAUGCUUAUGUACUUCCAGGCACAAACAUCCACAUGCUUACAUUAGGGGAUUAUUGGAGCUCUAAUAUCAUAGAUCUCUACCUUCACCGUAGCAGAUUCUAUGACUUGGCAGGCCUGCCAAGUGGAAUUCUGAAGAAAGGGAGAGAGGUUCUCCUCACAGGCUGCUACCUCCGAACUACCGCAGAAAGUUCUGGUCAUCCACGUCUUUUGCCAACAGAGUAUCUCGUGAUUCUAUUAGAUGAGAAUCAGGAUGAUGAUGCAAUGCUGCUAGGAGCUCAGUUUUGUUCAGACUCCUUCUCUUCAAUUUCGCUGGAGGCAGUAAGCAAUGGGGCUUCUUAUUCACUUUAUGCCAGGAUUGAAAAUAUUGAAUCUGCGGAAAUUCGAGGGAAUUUUGGGACCUCGCAAAGAAAACAAAUUACUCUUGUUGAUGGUGAUGGUGUUGCAUUAAAUUUCUUCUUAUGGAGCGAGCAGGUUCUCCUUGCCAAUCUUUUCAGAGUAGGAUGCAUGCUUGCCCUGGACAAACCUUACGUUGCCAGUUCUGCAGAGUGUGGUAUUCAAACAAACGAGGAAUUUUGCCUUGAAUAUGGAAGUGCAACACAAUUAUAUUUGGUGCCUUAUAUUCAGCAUGAAGAACAGGUGUGCUUAACUUUGACACCAAACCGCCAUCAAGGUUCAAAGCAAAUUGGUUCGUAUAAUCCCACUCAGGGUCUCAAGGUCUCUCAAGUGAGCUUGCCUUGUGAUUCUCAGGGUACCAUAGAUUUCAGCAAUUACCCUUUUCGGUCAUUUGUGACUGACCUUCGUGACAAGAUGACUGGCAUCAGCCUCUAUGGUGUUGUUACAGAAAUUAGCAAAGAAGAUAAUACCCAGAAAACUGUUUUUUCUUUAAGAAUCACAGAUACUAGCGGAGAAAUCAGGGCAAAGCUUCAUUUUACCAGACUUUGGUCAUUGGGAAGAGUGAGUCUCGGUCACACGGUAUUUAUAUCUGGCUUGACAUGCACAGCGUUGAAACGACAAAAACGUCUGGAAUUGUCAUGGUUUGAGAAUGGCACCGGGGCUUCUUUCAUCAAUCUCAGUUGUUUACCAGCAAUGAUCAACUCAUCUUGCCUUUAUAAAGUAUUCCAACUCUCUGAUAUUUCUAACCAGACUUUCUACGCCCAAGUAUGCCGAGUCUGGCUUGUUCCGAAUCAAUAUUAUUACGUGAAUACAAGAUUUUCGCAUUCUCUCUGCGGUCACUUUGUCGACGAGAAAACCAUGAAAUGCAGUUUCUGUCAUGUAAUUUCUGAUGCAGAGGCCGUGCGCUCUUUCCAUUUGAAAAUUACCCUAGCAGAUAAGAGCGCGAAAGUUUUAGCAUGGUGCACUGGUCAAACUGCCAUGGAUUUAUUGCAGAUAUCUCCUGACGAGUUUUGUGACCUUCCUGAGGAAGAACAAUUGAUGUAUCCCUCGUCGUUAGAAAAUGAAAAGUUUAUGGUUGCAUUGGUAAAUUGUAAGCGGGAAGGCUGUGUGACAUAUGACCUUUUGCCGGACAAUUCAGUUUCGUGGGAAAUCACUCGUGCAUACAAGUAUGAAUAA